AUGCUUUACGACAACCGUCGACGUUCUGCACAGUGGUUAGAUGCGAAUGAGCCUCCGAAACACAUGCCAAAACCGAACCUUUAUCCAAAGAAGAUUAUGGUGUCUGUGUGGUCAAGUAAAGGCAUCGUACAUUAUUCGUUUCUUAAACAAGGUGAGGCUAUAAAUGCUGAUAAAUACUGCCAAGAAAUUGACAUCAUGUAUCAAAAACUGCGCGCUCAACAGCCGGCAUUAGUCAAUAGACACGGUGCGUUGUUGCUUCACGAUAAUACUAAACCGCACAUUGCGAAAAAAACCCGGUUUCACUUAUUAUUUCAUUCAGCCGAUUGUUCGCGCAAAAUUGUCGUUAACAAAAACGUUACGAUCAGACCGUUGGUGCAGGGUAAUUACUAUAUCUUCUUCGAUCCACAGCACAGUCCUGCCUAUGAGAUCAUAUUCUCGUUGCAUCUAUUGACCGGUAUCGCAAUAUAUAUUGUGACGGCCAGUGUUUGCGGGGUCACCGCGUUAUUCACCAUGCACGCUUGCGGACAACUUGAAAUGCUGGUGACUUGGUUGGAAAAUUUAGCAAACGAAAAUCAUUGGUCCAAGGAAUAUUCCACUCAUGCAAGACUGGCGCUGAUCAUCGCACAUCACGUGAGGGUGCGUAGAUACAAGAUGUUGUAG